GCGGUAGAAAGGAACUGAACACUCACGUCCUGGACCUGAAGAAGUCCCCCCUCGGUCCUCCAUAGUCCCUCACCAGCCCACAGUUAACACAACAGCAGCCAUGGAGGAGGCCAAAAACAAAGAGAAGAAACAGACCGAGAAGACUGAAGAGAAGGAGAAGGAGAAGGAGAAGGAGAAGGGGGAGAAGCCCGCCGGGAAGGACAAGGGAAAAAAGGAGGAGAAGGAGCUGUCUGAGGAAGACAAGCAGCUGCAAGAGGAUUUGGAGCUGCUGGUCGAGAGGUUGGGUGAUGAGGACGCGACCCUACACCACGCGGCGCUGGAGGAGCUCCGCAGACAGAUACGCUCCUCUACCACCUCCAUGACCUCUGUGCCCAAGCCCCUGAAGUUUCUGCGCCCGCACUAUGCCAAGCUCAAGGAUAUUUACGAGGCGAUGGCCGAUGGGGAAAACAAGCAUUUUUGUGCUGAUGUGUUGUCGGUGCUGGCCAUGACCAUGAGUGGCGAGAGGGAGUGUCUGAAGUACCGCCUGCUGGGCUCCCAAGAGGAGCUGGCCUCGUGGGGGCAUGAAUACGUCAGGCACUUGGCCGGCGAGGUGGCCAAGGAGUGGCAGGAGGUGGAGGAGAGCGACAAGACCAAGCAGGAGACGCUGCUGAAGCUGGUGAAGGAGAUCGUUCCCUACAACAUGGCGCACAACGCUGAGCACGAGGCCUGCGACCUGCUCAUGGAGGUUGAGAGGCUGGACAUGCUGGAGAACUACAUAGACGAUAACGCCUACGCCAAGGUCUGCCUCUACCUCACCAGCUGCGUGAGCUACGUCCCCGAGCCAGAGAACUCUGCGCUGCUCAAGUGCUCUCUCAACAUUUUCCGCAAGUUCAACCGUUACCCCGAGGCCCUGCGCCUUGCCCUGAUGCUCAACGACGUGGAGCUGGUGGAGAACAUCUUCACCUCCUGCAAGGACAUCGUCACGCAGAAGGAGAUGGCCUUCAUGCUCGGUCGCCACGGCAUGUUCCUGGAGCUCAACGAGGACGUGGAGGACUACGAGGACCUGACUGAGAUCAUGUCCAACGUCCAGCUCAACAGCAACUUCCUGGCCCUGGCCCGAGAGUUGGACAUCAUGGAGCCCAAAGUCCCAGACGACAUCUACAAAACCCACCUCGAAAAUAACCGGUUCGGCGGCAGCGGCUCCCAGGUGGACUCGGCCCGUAUGAAUCUGGCCUCCUCCUUCGUCAACGGCUUUGUCAACGCCGCCUUCGGCCAGGACAAGCUGCUCACGGACGAUGGCAACAAGUGGCUGUAUAAGAACAAAGACCACGGCAUGUUGAGCGCUGCAGCCUCCCUGGGGAUGAUCCUGCUGUGGGACGUGGAUGGCGGUCUCACCCAGAUAGACAAGUACCUCUACUCCUCUGAGGACUACAUCAAGUCAGGGGCCCUGCUGGCCUGUGGCAUCGUCAACUCUGGCGUGAGGAACGAGUGCGACCCGGCCCUGGCGCUGCUCUCAGAUUAUGUGCUCCACAACAGCAACGUCAUGCGGAUAGGAGCCAUCUUCGGACUUGGCUUGGCCUACGCCGGAUCCAACAGAGAGGACGUUCUGUCUCUGCUCCUUCCUGUCAUGGGGGACUCCAAGUCCAGCAUGGAGGUGGCGGGUGUGACGGCCCUAGCGUGUGGCAUGAUCGCGGUGGGCUCCUGUAACGGCGACGUGACCUCCACCAUCGUCCAGACCAUCAUGGAGAAGAGUGAGCUGGAGCUCAAGGAUACCUACGCUCGCUGGCUGCCACUGGGGCUGGGACUCAACCAUCUCGGUAAAGGAGAGGCCAUCGAGACCACCCUCGCUGCUCUGCAGGUUGUCCCUGAACCCUUCAGGAGCUUUGCCAACACGCUGGUGGACAUCUGUGCCUACGCAGGCUCUGGCAACGUGCUGAAGGUCCAGCAGCUCCUCCACAUCUGCAGCGAGCACUACGAGGCCAAGGAGAAGGAGGAGGAUAAGGACAAGAAGGAUAAGAAGGACAAAGAUAAGAAGGAGGCGCCCGGCGACAUGGGCUCCCACCAGGGUGUGGCUGUUCUGGGAAUCGCGCUCAUUGCCAUGGGAGAGGAGAUCGGCUCGGAAAUGGCCCUGCGGACCUUUGGCCACCUGCUGCGAUACGGAGAGCCCACCCUGAGGCGGGCGGUGCCUCUGGCACUGGCCCUGAUCUCUGUGUCCAACCCACGCCUCAACAUCCUGGACACGCUCAGCAAGUUCUCCCACGACGCUGACCCAGAGGUCUCCCACAACUCCAUCUUUGCCAUGGGCAUGGUGGGCAGCGGCACAAAUAAUGCUCGUCUGGCAGCCAUGCUUCGACAACUAGCCCAGUACCACGCCAAGGACCCCAACAAUCUGUUCAUGGUCCGCCUGGCGCAGGGCCUGACUCACCUGGGUAAAGGCACGCUGACGCUGUGUCCCUACCACAGCGACCGGCAGCUCAUGAGCCAGGUGGCUGUGGCGGGCCUGCUCACAGUCCUGGUCUCCUUUCUGGACGUCAAGAACAUCAUACUGGGGAAGUCCCACUACGUCCUCUAUGGCCUGGUUGCGGCCAUGCAGCCUCGGAUGCUGGUGACGUUCGACGAGGAGCUGCGGCCCCUCCCCGUGUCGGUCAGGGUGGGACAGGCGGUGGACGUGGUGGGCCAGGCGGGGAAGCCCAAGGCCAUCACAGGCUUCCAGACCCACACAACGCCGGUGCUGCUGGCCCACGGAGAGCGAGCAGAGCUGGCUACGGAGGAGUACCUCCCCGUCACGCCCAUCCUCGAGGGCUUCGUCAUCCUUCGCAAGAAUCCCAACUACGAAACCUAGACCCCCCCCCACAC